GCGCCAAAUCCAUCUUCAGGUUAUUCCGGCCUGAGGGUGUGGUGUGGGGGUGAAGGUGAGGGUGAGGUGCGGGUAGGUUCACCCACACCACACCCUCAGGCCGGAAUAACCUGAAGAUGGAUUUGGCGCACUUUUUUGGGUGUUCUUACCCUUUGUUCUUUGUGUUCGUGGAUGUUCGUGAAUGUUCCUUGGGUGUUCGUGGAUGUUCGUGGGCGUUCAUUCAAAAUAUAUGUUUAAAAAGCGAAACUAUAAAAAGUUUUUUGGGUGUUCGUUAGACGUUGCUAUACUCAGUUCGACGAGCUCUAUCGAUUGGCUAACUCAGAUUUUAAUUUGGGGGUGUUCGUGGCUGUUCGUAGCUGUUCGUGGGUGUUCGCGUCUUUUAGCAAUACCCUAAACUAUAGGUAGGACGAUCGUGCGAGAGAGUAGUUACGUUUGCAUCCACCUUUACCUCGCUUUAUAAAAUCAUUCUUAUGUGUAGGAAGUCAAAUUCUUCUACUAGAAAACUAUUUUGACCAUCAGAACGGUGUUUUAUCAGUUAGCCCCAUCCAAGUCACGUUGUUCCACCAAAUUCGGAUUUCUGCCUGUACGUUAGCAUACAGUUACAUUAACUAUAGUUUGCGUUCUAUCAGUUAUAUCCGCAGAGAGAUUUAGAAAAACACCGCGUUUUCUAAAUAAAGUAACGACACCUAUGUGCACCAAAAACUUUUUGCGAAGAAAGAUCUUAAAAUCUUCUGGUGUUCUUACUAGUAAGUUGUUUUUUGCGAAAAUUUUUAUAUGAAAAUUGACAGUGUUACAAAUAAAUUGGAGAAAGGCAUUUGUCGUUACCAAACCGAGAGCGCAUGUGAAACAAAAAAUAACUGGAUGUAGGUUUCUCUCGACAAGUUUGUUCGUCGCCUUGAUCUUAUGCAUAGAAAGUUUAACCCUUUUAGUUUUUUUGUUUAGCUGAGAAAGAUAGAGGCCAAGCCGGCGAUUAAUCACAGUUUCCUCUCAACCAGGAAGAAUUUGGCGUCAAUUUAAAAAUUUAAAUAGUAGUUUUGCGUGACUAGAAUUUGACACUCUUUCGAAAUAGAAAUGGGUGUAUAAGUCAAGACAGAGGGUGAGGGUAACUUCUGCAAACUUUAUGUACAUUAGCUUGAUUUAUAAUGAAUUUUUUUCGUCUUUUUUUCUACAGCACCGAACACAACUACAACACCGAACACAUCAACUUUGCCUACUUGGACGGGUGAGUGAUCAGUCAUACAUCACCAAAAUCGCAUUUUAAUACUUUUUGGACAUCGGAAACUUAAGAUAUCAAGAGACUUAAAUAAGCCUUUUUUUAUCUAAUGAUCAGUUCAGCGAGCUCUACAUAAAUAGAGAGGUUUCAGCGAAAACCGAUAAAUUAAGUGUAAGGGUCAGAGAGUUCCCCUAGAAUUUCACUUGUAAACUGCACGGCUUGUGCACGUAGGAUGUAGCUUUUUCGAUCAAGUAUUAAUUUUCGAUAUUAAAAAUUCUAAAUACACUAUUAUAUGGAUUUUUUGACGCUAAAAACGAAUAUGAACUUAAUUUUUCGAAAACAUCGGCUUUUAUUAUUGAAAGCAGGUUUUUAAACAUUGCGAAAAGUGCAUUCUAAACUUUUGACGCUAAAAAAACUUUUCAAAAUCAAAAUUCUAAUCAUGUGGUUUUGUUCAGAAUUUGAUUAUCUGCGAAAUGGCGUAAUUCGUUUUUAGUUCGUAGCUCAGAAAAAGUAACGACACCUAUGUACACUUUCCAGCUUUCUGUACAAUUUUUACAGCUUCCGGUGUGCUACAACCUUGAAACUUUCAGAAUCUUCUAAAAUCGCCUAAAUGAACGCUUCCUGAAACUUUAGAGGCUUUCUGACCCUAGGAAGUGGUCGAACGAAAAACUGUGUCAUAGCGUCACGUUUUAAAUCCUUUUUAAAUUGGAACAACACCUCCUAACCAAAAUUUUUUUUACGAAUCAAUAGCACAUCUCUUCCUCUACAAAUCAGUCUUUGACAGUUUUCGUUUGGGCACAUAGUUUCUCAAAAAUUUAACGUUUGGACGCAUUUCCGUGGUAAAAAGGACCUAUCACUGUCACAGCGUCACGCAGUCCAAAACCUCACUUUCUAAUUUCGAUUUUCAACCGAUUUCUUUAAUUUUUAUAUGUUACAUGAAGUCUUUCGGUCCAGAUCGAAUGGCGAAAACGCGAGAUCUCCAGCUCUUCCCAUUGCUGACAAAAUUUUAAGUUUAGUAUGUCAAAAAAUGUCACAGCAACAUGCGUGGACAAGGCGUACAGUUUGAAAUCCCAUUUCAUAUCACCGACAAAAAAUUCAAGUUCAUUUAGAGUUAAAGAAAAGUGCUUUUUCGUAUUCAGCAAACUUGAUAACCUGGAACAUUUUCUAUUUUUAGCGAGGGGUACCGCCAAAAAGUUAAGAAAAAUUUUCAAAAUUGUAUAAUUUUACCAUGGAGAUUUUUCUGCGUCAAUUUGUUUGAAAAUUUUUCUUAACUUUUUGGCGGUACCCUUCGCUAAAAGUAGAAAAUGUUCCAGGUUAUCAAGUAUGCUGAACACGAAAAAGCACUCUCCUUUAACUCUAAACAAACUUUAAUUUUUUUUAUCGGUGAUAUGCUUUUUGAGUUUCCCACUUAAUGCGACUGGAUUGUCGUAACGAUUUAGCCAUCACAGCCGCUUGAUUUAAUCAGAGUAAUCAAUAUUACUUUUUUAAUUUAAGACGAAGUUUAUGUUACCACUAUUGACGUUUAUCCGAUUGUUGGUUCACUGGAAACUGGAAAUGAAGCACUGGUUGCAUUGCUCAAUCAAGAUCUUCUAACAUGUAUAAGUAAAUUUCAAGAAAUUGACCCUUGUUUAAAAUGGCCAUUUUCAUGUUCGAUGACACUACAGGAAAUUGUUGAAUUUCUUACCAACCUUAAAGUUGUCAAAGGAGUCGAUGAAGCACGUGUGGGGGCGGUUCUACGAACCAGAGGAUCACGAACAAGUGUUAAAGUGAGGUGCCUAGUCGAUGAUCUUGUCGCCACUGUGGAGCGAAAACGAGCUGAAACUGCACAAGGUACAAGAGAACGUCCAAAUAGCAACACAAGAGGUGAACAUGUAAUCAAUAACAGUGUUCUCAGCGUUCAAAAAGAUAUCAUCGAUAUGUUUCUCGAUGAUUCAAGAUUCAGUCCGAGUCAGCAUGCAGCUCUCAGAAAACUGCAGUUUGCGGUUUUUGCAGUUUUUUUCUUUGAUACAGAAAAGCUUGCCAGCGUUGCUCCAUCGGAGCAAAAAAUGUGA